AUGGCUACGAUUGCCGUCAUUCUCAAUGACUGCUUGAGAGAGUUCACGGAUCUAACGGCCUCUGGGGUACUCGCGGGAUUUGACGAUGAAGUCACCGAACGCCGGUGGUUGGACGAGUUAGGAAGACUUCGAGUCUGGGCUGCCAAUAUUGGUGCGCAUCAAACAGGACAGUCGUCGCUAGAUUAUCGGCUCCGAGAUGCGUCUCAUUUGAAGAGUGAAACGACAAAAAUCUUACAGCGAACGCUGCAAGUCUUACGAAACUUGCAAGAGGUUACUAAGGAAGACCAACACGAGUCAUCCGAAGAGACUUUCAGUGAUGACAAUGAAUUCGAAGUUGAAGUCGAGGAAAAUGAAUUGACCGACAUUCAAGUACUCUAUCAAAGCCUGCGCAACAAUAUAAAUCUUCUAUUCCAAAUCUCUAUGGCUAUUCGCAAACCCGCUGAUCACGAUCGACUUGUUGGAAUGAACCUCAAACACGCUUCAUUCUUCAAGCCCUGGGCGCAGCAACAUAUUUCACACAAAUUCCCCGACGCUGAGGCGAGCACAAUUCUCCGUUUGAGCGCUGCCAUGGCGAGACAAAAAGCGGUUCUCAAAUAUUUCGAGCGGCACAGUGCCAAACUAGGCAAAGGUUUAUUGGACCACGAUGAUGCAGAAUCACAUCUCCUCUCUGAUACAGUUGCUACCGAGAUGACACUGGCCACCGAAAUGGAUCAUCUUCACUUUCUUGAAACAAACUCGGUGGCUGGUUUGUCGCAAACCUCGUACGCUUCUAGCAUAUUCACCGGAAAUGAUUCUCUUUCAAUCCCAAGUGCUCCAAAAGAGUCAGCAGAUAGAACACCAUUCGAAUGUCCGUAUUGCCGCCUCGUGAUAGUCGUUAAAAACACCAAGGAUUGGGCCCGCCAUGUUUUCAGGGACUUGAUGCCAUAUGUUUGUUUGUCUCACGACUGCAUCACGCCAUCAAAACUAUAUGAAAGUCGUCGACAGUGGUAUCGUCACAUGUGCGAAGCACAUUCACUGUCAGAUGGGCAUCAGAAUCUAUCGAGCUGUCCUCUAUGUCAAGUCAAUAUUGAACCACCUUUGAGCUUUGAAAAGCAUGUUGGCCAUCACUUGGAACAGCUGGCUCUCUUUAUACUACCUCGAACGGAUACGGAAGACGAACAGUCAUUGAAUGACUCGCCCAAAACGGCAUCUGUGAGGGGUUCUCGGGAUCCCAGUGUUGCUGGUAUAUCGGAGACAGGAGUGGAACGAGAGUCUUCUGGCGAGAUACAACGCAAAUGGGAGUCUCCUGAAGAAUUUCUGAUGCGGUUAGGUAAGCUUGAUGAAGAUGAGUUUCAAAAGACCGCUAGGCAAGCUCGCUUUGAAGUUGAUAUUAUUGGUUCAGCUCGAGAGGCUGCGUAUUUGCCGCCAUCGAGUGACCCAGGAUUUCAGGAUUCCAGUGCUUCUAGUGCGCCGGAGGCAGAACGAAAAUUGAAAGUGAAUGAGCAGUUUCUCAUGCGGUCAAAUAAUCUUAGUGAGGAUGACUCUGACAAAGCUGUCAGCCAAUCUUCGCCGCAGAUGAUGGCUCAUGAGCAGAGUUAUGUACUUGAUCCUGAUGAUCACGAGACAAAAAGAAAAUCGGGAAAUCUCUCUGAGUCUGCUACGGCCUUUCUGCGCACUUGGUUCCAUGAUCACCUAGAUGAUCCAUUCCCUAGUGAGAUGGACAAGCAGGCUUUUGUGACGAUAACUGGGUUGUCGAUUGGUCAAGUCAGAUCCACUUGA